AUGGUUGAUUGGGAGACCAUUUUAUUGGCAACAAUUUUGGCAGCCAUCACGCCGGGCGCCGACAAAGCAACGAGAUUUAAUUUCUGCCCUGUUGCUCUACAACUUGUCAUUUUCGGUCCUAACCAAACUGGGCACCUUCCUUCUCUCCCACGUCUGCUUCUCGACCUCUCGACCAUCAUCACCACCACCGCGUCUCUGCUUGUUUCGAGCGUCGUUACGAUUUUCCCUUUGACACCCCGAGCGCGCAGUCUUUUCCCGAUUGUCAUCAAAGUUCCAGCCGCAGAGGCAAACACACACAUACAAGAUGGGCGAAUCCAGGUGGGCGAGCUUCCAUCCCCUUCCAUCGCGGUGCUGUGCGCAGCAGUAUCUCAGACGUUUGCGCGUCGCAACUCUCUGCUAACACAGCAUGGACUUUCUAGACAAGAACUCAUCCAGUGGCUGAACCAGUUGCUCUCCCUCAACAUCACAAAGGUCGAGCAAUGCGGUACCGGUGCAGCGCUCUGCCAGGUGUUUGACAGCAUCUUCAUGGAUAUCCCCAUGUCCAGAGUCAAGUUCAACGUCAACAGCGAAUAUGCGUACAUUCAGAACUUCAAGGUGCUGCAGAACUGCUUCCAGAAGCACCAAGUCGAUAAGCCCAUCCCCGUCGAAGCGUUGGUCAAGUGCAAGAUGCAGGACAACCUCGAGUUCCUGCAAUGGACCAAGAAGUUCUGGGACCUGAACUUCCCCGACCACGAGUACGACGCAGUGUCCCGGCGAAAGGGCGCCCCCGUGCCUUCUGGUGGUGGUCCCACUCCGCGUGCCGCGUCCGGUACCGGUGCCGCUGCCAGACGGGGCGGAACCACACCCCUCGGCGGUGCGCGUGUUCCCAAGGCGGCAGGCCCCGGCUCAGCUGCUCUGCAGCAAGAGAACGCCACCCUCAAAGAGACGGUUGUCGGCCUCGAGCGCGAGCGUGACUUUUACUUCAGCAAGCUCCGUGAUAUCGAGCUCCUGGUGCAGCAGGCCGUGGAGGAGGACCCCGAGCUUGAGAAGCAGGAGGACGGCCUCGUCAAGCAGAUCCAGACCAUCCUGUACUCGACGGAGGAGGGUUUCGAGAUUCCGGCCGAGGGCGAGGCUGUCGACGACCAGGAGACCUUUUAA